AUUCACCAUUUUUUCCUCUGAAAAAUAUCUUCUCAUCAAAUUAUCUUACGAAAAUCACCAUUGGCGCCGAAAUGUCUUUUCGAAAUCACUUCAAGAUUAUUUAAAAUCCUGACAAUUGCAUAAAAAGAUCAUAAAUCCUUGACACUCUCGAUGAGUUUGAUAUUCCACGAAGGACAUAACCUCUGUAAUGAUGUUUUUUCAGUUUAAAAAAUUACUCAGUAGAAUCCCAAGUUCUUUUAUCAAAACCCUAAAGCAUAAACAAUUCAAUAAGGGGUGGUAAAGAAAAAUGAAUUAAGCCCAGCAUAGAAUGGCUGAUAAGAUUGAUUCCUCGUCCAGCCAGAAAAAUCCAGGUGCCGCCCCCGGGGAUGGCAUCCGCUCCCUCAGGAGCACGAUGCUCUUCAGGGCUGUCAACUACGAGCUCUACGUUAAACCAAAUAUAGUAAUAAUGGCACUGGGUUUGGCUGCGAUUGUGGGUUGUUCCGGGUACAUCUUCUAUAUGCGAUCGAAGUACGAAGACAUGGGAUACUACACAGCUCUCGAAACCGACGGCAAAGAGACGUUCAAAAAAAAGGAAUCCAAAUGGAAUACAUGACUUUCCAAAUGAGUGAAUCAUCUUCGUGUACAAACGUCAAAGAAAUUUCGUGUAGUUCUGUAACUCAUCGAGUGUAAUAAAGUAUUCUACGCCUAGAAAAUA